AUGGGUGUGGGUGUCUUGAGUCCAGGAAAAAUAAAUGCCCAUUGGGCACACCCAUUUGGGUGCAGUCCAACCCAACUGACAGCCCUACCCACUCUAUCCCGCAACAGAGCUAUGGAGCGGGUCCUCGAACUACUUAGAGUUCCAUGUCCGAAUGCUGGUUGCUCCGAGACUUUCGCUUUUGCUGAAACAUCAACACAUGUAAAGCACUGUCCUUUCACCCAACCUACUUGCCCUUUUACCAGCUGUGACUUUACUUGCUCCUUCAAGGAUUUAUAUGAACACUGCGGAUAUGCUAAACACUGCGAGGACUCGUACAUGUUUGAAUGUGGGACGCCUGUGUUUAUCCACCCCGUAAGUGGUAAGCGGGUUAUUCUCAAGGAACAAACCACAGAUGAAGGAGAAGGAGAAGUUGUGGUUGUGGAGUGUUUCGACACACCACAAGGCCGACUAUUCCAUGCUUGCUGUAUUGGACCAGGAACAGCCAAGUUCUCCUACGAUUUGCACAUGUAUUCAUCUUCGGGUGAUAGCUGCUUAUUUCAGUCAAAACUCAAAAGAGUUCGUGAAGUGAGCAAUGAACCACCCUGUAAACAUGUUAUGUUGGUUCAUUCCUCCAUGUGCCCUAACUACAAGUUUUAUAUUUGCAUCAAGCAAGAGACUUAUUAG